AGCCACGAACAGCCCGAGCUCGGAGCGUGGGGACCUUCAGGGACCCAAAGAGGUACGAAAGGAGGGCGCUUGUCCGUCACGUGGUAGCCACGCCAACCAAUCACCCGCAUCCCUCGGCACGUGAGGGCGACCUCGGGUCACGUGACCACCGCAGCUACCCACGUGGGGACAAGGUGGCGAGCUCCAUUCUUUGUCUGGCGGUGAGGAGGAACUGGGUCGUGAUUCCCACAGGCAGCGCGGAAGCAUCUUGCUUCGUUGGGCCGCGUGGUCCCGGUGCGAAGAGUUUUCGUGACAGGCAUGCCAAAGCGUGGGAAAAGGGGAGCGGUGGCCGAAGAUGGAGGAGAGCCCAAAACCCAGCCAGAAGCCAAGAAGAGUAGGGCAGGAGCAAAGAAAAACGAAAAAGAGGCAGCCGGCGAGGGCCCAGUCUUGUAUGAGGACCCACCAGACCAGAAAACUUCACCUAGUGGCAAAUCUGCCACACUCAAAAUCUGUUCCUGGAAUGUGGAUGGGCUUCGAGCCUGGAUUAAGAAGAAAGGUCUAGAUUGGGUAAAGGAAGAAGCCCCUGAUAUAUUCUGCCUCCAAGAGACCAAAUGUUCAGAGAACAAACUCCCAGCAGAACUUCAAGAACUGACUGGCCUCUCUCAUCAGUACUGGUCAGCUCCUUCAGACAAGGAAGGAUACAGUGGUGUGGGACUACUUUCCCGGCAGUGCCCACUCAAAGUUUCUUAUGGCAUUGGUGAGGAAGAGCAUGAUCAAGAAGGCCGAGUGAUUGUGGCUGAAUUUGAUUCGUUUGUGCUGGUAACAGCCUAUGUACCUAAUGCAGGCCGGGGUCUGGUAAGACUGGAGUACCGCCAACGCUGGGAUGAGGCCUUUCGCAAGUUUCUGAAGGGUUUGGCGGCUCACAAACCCCUUGUGCUAUGUGGGGACCUCAAUGUGGCUCACGAAGAAAUUGACCUUCGUAACCCCAAAGGGAACAAAAAGAAUGCUGGUUUCACUGCCCAGGAGCGUCAAGGCUUUGGGGAACUGCUGCAGGAUGUGCCACUGGCUGACAGCUUUAGGCACCUCUACCCCAAUACUGCCUAUGCAUAUACGUUUUGGACUUACAUGAUGAAUGCUCGGUCUAAAAAUGUUGGUUGGCGCCUUGAUUACUUUUUGCUAUCCCAUUCUCUCUUACCUGCAUUGUGUGACAGCAAGAUUCGUUCCAAGGCUCUUGGCAGUGAUCACUGUCCUAUCACUCUGUACUUAGCACUGUGACACCCUGAAUUACUGAGACUAGGAACGCCCCCUACACACCACUAAAUCUUUGAAUAGCUUUCUAGAGAGAUCCAAACUGUUCCUCUCCUAUAAAAAUACAAAAUCUUCAACCAGAUUUCCUUUAGUUCAAGGCUUCUGUUUUAUACUCUUUACCCUCUUUGUAAAACUUAGGCAAAACUGAUGACUUUCUUUGAAUAUCAAAGUAAAAAUAAAAGGUCAUAGUUCA